ACCCCCUUCAAAAACCCAAAAGCUCAUUUUGCAAGCAAUUUCUCAAUCAAUCGAUGGCGUUAACGUUAGAUAACUGCGACGGAAUAAUGCUGUCGUUAGAUUCACAGAAAUCCGUUCCGGCGCCGUUUCUGACAAAGACUUACCAGCUCGUCGACGAUCCGGCCACCGACCACAUAGUUUCUUGGGGAGAAGACGACGCCACUUUUGUGGUGUGGCGGCCGCCGGAGUUUGCCCGUGACCUCCUCCCUAACUACUUCAAGCACAACAACUUCUCUAGCUUCGUCCGUCAACUCAAUACCUAUGGUUUCAGAAAGAUUGUACCGGACAGAUGGGAGUUUGCGAACGAGUUCUUCAAGAAAGGGGAAAAGCACCUUCUCUGCGAGAUCCACCGGAGGAAAACCUCCCAGCCGCAAGUGUCCCAUCAGAACCACCACCUCCACCACCACCACUUCGCCGGCGGACAAAGUUACAACAGCAGCUUCCCUAAUUACCCAAGCCGAGCCGACAGCAUCUCCCCACCCGAUUCGUCGGACGAAUACAUCCACCACCAGCAGCCGAUCAACAACAACAACAACUGGUGCGACUCGCCGCCGCCGCUCUCCUCCCCGACCGGCGGCGGCGUCUCCGUGGUGACAAACCCCAACUGCAGCGGCGGCGGCGGGUACAGCAGCGCCGUUUCGCUGACGGCGCUGUCGGAAGACAACGAGAGGCUGAGAAGAAACAACAACAUGCUGGUGUCGGAACUAGCACACAUGAGGAAACUGUACAAUGAUAUUAUCUACUUUGUCCAGAACCACGUCAAACCCGUAGCUCCGAGCAAUUCGUACCAUUCCUCUCUAUUCCUCUGCAACACUUCUUCUUCCUCACCGACCACCGCCGCCGCCGCCAUUAACGGCGGCUCCUCAAUUCUGCAGAAGCCCUUGAAUCAGCUGAUCGGGAGUACGUACCACCACCACCACCAACAGACGGCGGCGACGACAAACCCUAAUAAAGUUACUAACAACAAUAACAAUGGAUUGUUUGGAUCAUUGAACAUCAAUUCUUCUCCUUCAAGCAAGAUUGUUGAAGACAGAACGAAGCUGUUCGGUGUUCCGUUAAUCUCUUCGAAAAAAAGAUUGCACCCGGAAUUCAAAUCUUCAAUGGAUACAACAAACAAGACGAGAUUGGUUCUUGAGAAAGAUGAUUUAGGGUUCAAUCUCAUGCCUCCUUCUCCAUGUUAGUUAGUUCUUCUUAAUUCCACAUUUCUAGGAUAAUAUAUCAACUUAAUUAUUAAUUAAGCUUCUUUUUUUCUAUUUUAAUUAAUCAAUAUUAUGUUUAAUUUAGUCUUUACUUUGUGGCUCGGCUUUUUUGUAAAUACAUUAAUUAGCUUCGAUUAAUUUUGGUUAGAUCAUCAUCAGUAUUCAAAUGAUCAUGAAACUUAAUUCCCUCUUCUCCUUUUUUUUUCUUCUAAUUAUUUAAAUUAAAAAAA